UGUGACAAGUGACACACACUAUUACCCUAAUCACAUUAUCUCUGUGAUUCACUCUUUCAGAGCUUGAUCUGUACGCAAUGGCCGGAAAAGGAGAGGGAGAGGGACCGGCGAUCGGAAUCGACCUCGGCACCACCUACUCUUGCGUUGGAGUGUGGCAGCAUGACCGUGUUGAGAUCAUAGCUAACGAUCAGGGGAACCGAACGACGCCGUCUUAUGUGGCGUUCACUGACACCGAGCGUUUGAUCGGCGACGCAGCUAAGAACCAGGUCGCCAUGAACCCUAUCAACACCGUCUUCGAUGCUAAGAGAUUGAUUGGUAGGAGGUUUAGCGACUCCACUGUUCAGGGUGACAUGAAGCUAUGGCCUUUCAAGGUCAUUGCUGGCCCUAGUGACAAACCAAUAAUUGGUGUUAGUUAUAAAGCAGAGGACAAACAGUUUGCUGCGGAAGAGAUUUCGUCUAUGGUUCUCAUUAAGAUGAGGGAGAUUGCAGAAGCUUAUCUCGGCUCAACAAUCAAGAAUGCAGUUGUGACUGUGCCUGCUUACUUCAAUGACUCUCAGAGACAGGCUACAAAGGAUGCUGGGGUCAUUGCCGGCCUUAAUGUAAUGCGAAUCAUCAACGAGCCUACGGCUGCAGCCAUUGCAUAUGGUCUUGACAAGAAGGCAACCAGUGUUGGGGAGAAGAAUGUGUUGAUUUUCGAUCUUGGUGGAGGUACUUUUGAUGUGUCCCUACUUACCAUUGAAGAAGGGAUCUUUGAGGUGAAGUCUACUGCCGGAGACACUCAUUUGGGUGGAGAGGAUUUUGAUAAUAGAAUGGUGAACCACUUUGUUCAAGAGUUCAAGAGGAAGAACAAAAAGGACAUCAGUGGGAAUCCAAGAGCUCUUAGGAGGUUGAGGACAUCAUGUGAAAGAGCAAAGAGGACUCUCUCAUCCACUGCUCAGACUACCAUUGAGAUUGACUCCCUGUUUGAGGGUAUCGACUUCUACUCCACCAUUACUCGGGCUAGAUUUGAAGAGCUUAACAUGGAUCUGUUUCGGAAGUGUAUGGAGCCUGUGGAGAAGUGUCUGAGAGAUGCAAAGAUGGACAAGAGUACUGUCCACGAUGUUGUCCUUGUGGGUGGUUCUACUAGAAUUCCCAAAGUCCAGCAGUUGUUGCAAGACUUCUUCAAUGGAAAAGAACUCUGCAAAAGCAUUAACCCCGACGAAGCUGUUGCUUAUGGAGCUGCUGUGCAGGCUGCUAUAUUGAGUGGUGAAGGUAAUGAGAAGGUGCAGGACCUAUUACUUCUUGAUGUGACUCCCCUUUCCUUGGGUUUGGAAACAGCUGGAGGUGUGAUGACUGUGUUGAUUCCCAGGAAUACAACCAUUCCAACCAAGAAAGAGCAAGUGUUCUCUACUUAUUCAGAUAACCAGCCUGGUGUCUUGAUCCAGGUGUACGAGGGUGAGCGGACAAGGACUCGUGACAACAAUUUGCUCGGUAAGUUUGAGCUUUCUGGCAUUCCUCCAGCUCCUAGAGGAGUUCCUCAGAUUACUGUUUGCUUUGACAUCGAUGCCAAUGGCAUUCUCAAUGUGUCCGCUGAGGAUAAGACCACAGGGCAGAAGAACAAGAUUACUAUUACCAAUGACAAAGGAAGGCUGUCCAAGGAGGAUAUUGAGAAGAUGGUCCAAGAGGCUGAGAAGUACAAAUCAGAAGACGAGGAGCACAAGAAGAAGGUCGAGGCUAAGAAUGCUCUUGAGAACUACUCUUACAACAUGAGGAACACCAUCAAAGAUGACAAGAUUGCGUCAAAGAUUGAUCCAGCUGAUAAAAAGAAGAUUGAAGAUGCAAUUGAGCAGGCCAUUCAGUGGCUCGAUAAUAAUCAGCUAGCAGAGGCUGAUGAGUUCGAGGACAAGAUGAAGGAGCUCGAGAGUCUUUGCAACCCUAUCAUUGCCAAGAUGUACCAGGGUGGUGCUGCUCCUGACAUGGCUGGUGGAGCAGAUGCUGAUGUUCCUCCUUCCAGUGGAAGUGGUGCUGGUCCUAAGAUUGAAGAAGUCGACUAAGUUGUUUUCGUUC